AUGCGGGAAGAGGAACAAUUUGGCGCCUUUUUUUUUUUCUGCUUAUUUUAUACUUUUGUGUUGUUGUGCACAUGUGAGUGUGUGGGUGAUUGGGGGUCAUAUGCGCUUCCUGCUCUGAAAUCAUUUUUUCUGCUUUUGACUUUUUCUCUCUUUUUUUUUUUUUGGCUCUGCGUGCUUAAAUGUCCUUUUUUUUCUUCUCGCCGUCAUCAAUGGUCUUGCAGAGGGCCGUGGGACUGUGGCCGGCUUCACGCCUUUUUCCCCUGCAGGGUGUAUACGUCCCUAUUGCGGAAUCAUCCUUUCACGCACCGUGUGCCCAGUGCCACGGAGGCAAUGACCGCCAACUACAUGUACAUGGAACCAUCCGAGCUUGUCGCUCUCUUGGAUGACGAGGUGCAGCGCAAUAAAGUCGCCGUCAUUGACUGCCGCGACGAAGACCGCAGCGACGGCUUUAUUUUGGGCUCCAUUCAUUUUCCGUCGAGGUUGCAGUCGGAAGGACGCUUCAAUGAACUUGCGGACACCCUGGAGAGGGAGGGCAGGAGCAUUGCGGUCUUUCACUGCGCCCUUUCGCAGGUUCGAGGCCCAAAGGCAGCCAACCGAUUUGCCGUGAAGUUGUACGAAAAGGGGAUGUGCGCACUGUCCGUGUAUGUCCUGCGUGGUGGAUGGGAUCGCUUCCACGCGAUGUACGGUGAGAGCAGACCGGAUCUGACUUCUUAG